AUGGCCAAAGUAGUCCCCAAUGAGUUCCUUUCAUAUCCGUCUCCUUACAGUUGUCCAGGUUCUCUCUUUAUCGGAUCGAUCCAGCGCAAUCGUCUUACCUAUGUCGACUCAACCCGCUCGACUGUUGCACCUUCCAGUACGGAAGUCUGCGCUUUUGUUGCUUGCUCACAGUCCGGAGAUCUUCCGGCAUGUUUUGAAGAAGGGAGACCGGGCUUUGCAUGUCGGCCUGUGGUAUUCAUUGAGGAGUUGAGUUCUGCUCAGUUCACUAGCACGGCGACCGUUACAGCGGGGCUAACCUUUGCCGCCGCAACGAUUCUGGCCAGUCCCACCACUGUGGCCUCUCAGGUCAACCGUGUGCUGAACACUAUGCUUUAUGAAAACAAACCAGUGUACAUCGGGGUUUCGGUCGCUGUAGCUGGGCAAAUGAUGCCGGCGACAUCGGUUUCGCAAGGUCCAGGCUCUUCGGCGGCAGGCACCGCGGGCUCAGCUGCUCCGGGAACUCAGGACAACGCCGCCAACGCUGGUGUUGCUAUGUCAUUCAUCCGCUAG